GUUGGAGUCAAAAUUGACGUUCUUUCUUUGUCCAGGCUUCAUUUUCAUGUCAGCAUUGACGCCUCGGGUUGGACCACCUUCCCUCUGUUUGGCGCUCCAUCUGCAACUAACAGAUCGAGAGAGAGAGAGGAGCUUCUCGUUGGACUUAGAAGAUAGAGAAAGGGGGGAAGCUUACAAAAGGAGCCAAGCUUCUCCAGAGUCAAGUGGAAGACGAAGAAGAAGCUCUUGCUGGUUGAAUGGUAGUUGGGUAGAGAGAUCCUUCCCGGCCUCUUCUAGCUGGCUGGAGAAAAGCAGGCCUGAACAAAGUGAAAGAGGUUUUUAUUUCCAAUGAAUCAGUUUGAAAAGAAUGAAACCGACUUGGAAGGCGGAAAAUUGUUAAAAGAUGGAGAUAAAGCAACACGAGGUAAUAAGGUGGUUAAAUCACAGAAUCAGGCCUUGUUGGCUGGUCUUGCAUAUUGCAUAUCGUCCUGCAGCAUGAUAUUAGUUAACAAAUUUGUGCUUUCGAGCUACAAUUUUGAUGCUGGAAUUUCUCUGAUGCUGUACCAGAACCUAGUCUCAGUUAUAAUCGUUUCUGUGUUGAGUUUUCUGGGCAUUAUAUCAACCGAGCCGCUAACAUGGAGAUUGGUUAAGGUCUGGUUGCCUGUGAAUGUUAUAUUCGUUGGGAUGCUCAUUACAAGCAUGUUUAGCUUAAAGUACAUCAAUGUAGCAAUGGUCACGGUCCUAAAGAAUGUUACCAAUGUGAUAACUGCUAUUGGUGAAAUGUAUCUAUUCCAAAAGCACCAUGACAGCAGAGUAUGGGCUGCUUUGUUUCUAAUGAUAAUUUCAGCAAUUUCUGGAGGCGUGACUGAUUUAUCUUUCCAUGCCGUCGGCUAUGCAUGGCAAAUCAUUAACUGUUUCUUGACUGCAUCAUAUUCUCUGACUCUACGUAGGGUCAUGGAUACAGCAAAGCUUGUUACAAAAUCUGGAAAGCUGAAUGAGUUUUCAAUGGUCUUGCUAAAUAACACUCUUUCUCUGCCUUUGGGGAUUGUGCUUAUUUUUGUUUUCAGGGAGGUUGAUUAUCUCUUUACAACACCACUUUUGAGGUUACCAACCUUCUGGAUGGUAAUGACGCUAAGUGGAUUUUUAGGUCUUGCAAUCAGCUUCACAUCUAUGUGGUUUCUUCAUCAAACAGGUGCCACCACAUACAGCCUUGUGGGGUCGCUGAAUAAGAUCCCUCUAUCUGUUGCUGGUAUCCUACUUUUCAAAGUCCCGACCAGUUUAGAGAACUCCGCUAGCAUUUUCUUUGGUCUUGUGGCUGGAGUAUUUUUCGCCAGAGCCAAAAUGCGGGAGAGAUCUCAAUCCUGAACUGUUAUAACUAGUUAUUAUUUGAUGACAACCAAGUUUUUCACUGUGUGAAAGCUGCAUCCGGCUGCCUUAAUAUCUCAUUCUUCAAUUGUGGGAAAUCAUUUUAUAGAUUCUCAUGAAGUCUCAAAGAAGAUUCUGCUGGGCAUUAGGAAAACUUCCAUUCAACUUCAUCAGGCCAUCUGGAGAUGUUGUGUACCAAAACUUACCGCUAAUUUUUUCACCAAUCUGUAUUUUGUUGUGUAACUCAUUACUCUGUAUCAUCUUUGCUAGUCUUAUACAAACAAUUAUUCCGAAACUCGUGCUAAAUUGGGAGAAAAAUGAUCUCCCUAAGAUAAUGUUGGCAAAAAAAAAAAAAAAAAUGUUUUCAGGUAUAUGCUAUUUCUGUAUAGAACAAAGUUGAAAGCUUGUAUAGAAGAUGCGUUUAUUGGUAUGA